AUGAUGAAAAAUAUUAUAUUUUUCUGUGUAUUCAUCGUAUUGAAAAGCGGAGUAUUUGGAUUUCGCUGCGAUAGACGGCCAUAUGGAUCUAUUACUAAACCUUCAGCGGCUGAUGGCAGAUUCAAAUUGACUGUGGUCGGUGCUGAAGACACUUACUUGCCUGAUCAGCUAUACACAGUUCAAAUCACAUCAACUGACGGCGGUUCAAGAUUCACUGGCUUCAUGAUAUCAGCGGACGGCGCAACGAAGCCAGAUCCAAGUAACCCCAGACGAAUGAUAGCUUACUUCCCCGGCCAUCUCCGGCCACAAGACUUGAUCUCUGCGAAAUUUAGCGACCGAUGUUUGUAUUCCGUUGAACAUGCUAUAGCGUCGCCUAAAACGUCUGUUGAGGUGUAUUGGCAAGCUCCGGAGUCAGGCAAUGGCUGCGUUACUCUACGUGCUAUGGUAGUAGAGACAGACGAGGUGUGGUUCGAAGAUGGUCCGCCGUUAACACAGCGGCUCUGUGAGGACAUGAGACAGCCCGAUGACGUCACUCCACAGCUCAACUACGACUGCCAGAUCUGUGACGAAGCUAAAUACGAAAUAGCGUUCACAGGCAUCUGGUCUCGAAACACGCAUCCUCGUUUAUAUCCCGAGAAGGAGUGGGAGCCGCGGUACAGUGACUUAGUGGGAGCGUCCCACGCUAUUGACUGUACGCUGUGGUCACCCGGCGCUCUCGCUACAGACGGCUUUAGAGAACUUGCGGAACACGCCAACACUAGCAGAUUUGAAGCGGAAAUUCGUGAACAAAUCGGGACUUGUGUCCGCACGAUGGUGAAAGGCAAAGGCCACGGUUAUCCAAAGAUGAACAAUCCGACGUACGCAUUCAUUCGUGCUGACAAGAGGUACCACUUGGUCAGUGUGGCUGUCGGUAUUCAUCCCUCUCCAGACUGGUUCCUCGGCGUGACGCGGUUUGAGCUCUGUCAGAACGACAAUACAUGGGUCAAAGAGAGGGAACUCAAUCUGUUUCUAUGGGAUGCGGGAACUGACAGUGGUGUUUCUUAUGAGUCAAUGAACAUCGCAACGUUUCCUCAAGACGCGAUAUCCCGAGUUCAGAUGAGUUCAUACGAUAAAGAGUCACCUUUCUACGAAACGGAUAUGAAAGAACUGCAUCCGUUCGGCAGACUGAGGAUCAAAUUGGUGCGGACUUACCAUAAGGAGUGCGUGGAGGAGGAGGAGGAAGGCAAAGAAACCACCGCAACAGAGGAGGAAAAGUCUACUACUGAAGAAGUGACUUCGACAACAACAGAGGUGACGACGACAGAAACAGAGGCAGAUACAGAAGAGCCGAGUCCGUCGGAGCCCGAUGCGCCUUCCAGUGAGACACCAAUUGUCACGGACCCGGAAUCCCCGGAGGACUGUCCGAUGUCGCAGUGGCAGGAGUGGAGCGAAUGCGAAGGGGAAUGUAUCGACGGUCAGAUAAUCGGCUACAGAUGGCGGGAGAGGUACCAUUUGGUGGAUGGAGUUGCUGUAGAGAAGUAUGACCCACAUGCCAAACACAAAGUGACGAAGGAAGUACCGAGAUUCUGUAAGCUUCAUUACGAUACAUUCGAAAGGGAGGAAUGCGAAGAUAAAUGUUCUGAUGAUUUUUCCAUUGAAGAGCCAACAGUUGAGCGGCAUGUUAUGGAGCCUAUAGCUCCCGGCUACCCCUGGCAGUCGAGGAAAAGGCACACUUUCAAGUUUUGAUUGAAUAUUUUUAAUUUUAUAAUAAUUAGGGAUAUUGCUACAUAGUUACAUAAGUUCACAUACUAGAUA